AUGGUUUACACCUUGGAAAUUGUACAGCAAACUGGUGUAAACAGGGAGAAUCUUAAUCCACCGUCAGACUUGAAUUUUACAAUUAUAGAUGAACAUACUGUUCGAAUGUCAUGGACAAGACCACCUGAUGCAAUAGAGGGGUACAGGAUAACAGUGGUCCCUACGACUGAUGGACCUACUAAAGAAUUUACCCUUGCACCUAGUGUUACCCAUACUAUAUUGUCAGAUCUUACACCUGAUACAGAAUAUGUUGUGACAAUAGCUUCAUAUGAUGACAGAGAAGAGAGUCUACCUGUCUUUGGCCAACUUACAAUUCAGACAGGUGUUGCAGUGAGUCCAGAGGACAAGAAGCCCGACCAGAGUCACAUAAAAAAAUGUUCCGUCAGUGCACUGACAGAUUUAGUUUUUCUUGUGGAUGGCUCGUGGAGUGUUGGGAGAAGUAACUUCAGAUAUAUUUUGGACUUCAUGGACACUCUUGUAUCGGCUUUUGACAUUGGGGAAGAAAAGACACGAAUUGGAGUUGUUCAGUACAGUACUGAUACAAGAACUGAGUUCAACUUAAAUCAGUAUUUCAGAAGGAAUGAUCUUCUUAAUGCAAUUAAAAAAAUACCUUACAAAGGUGGCAAUACAAUGACAGGUGAAGCUAUUGAUUAUCUGAUUAGGAAUGCAUUCACUGAAUCUGCUGGAGCAAGAAAAGGCAUUCCUAAAGUAGCAAUUAUCAUUACGGAUGGAAAAUCUCAAGAUGAAGUUGAAAUUCCUGCAAGAGAGCUUCGCAACGUAGGAGUUGAAGUCUUCUCCUUGGGAAUCAAAGCAGCAGAUGCAAAAGAACUGAAACUUAUGGCAUCUCAGCCAUCCUUGAAGCAUGUUUUUAACGUGGCAAAUUUUGAUGGAAUAGUGGAUAUACAGAAUGAAAUAAUCUCACAAGUGUGCUCAGGUGUUGAUGAACAGCUGAGUGAAUUGGUUAGUGGAGAAGAAGCUGUGGAGCCUCCUUCAAACCUAGUGGCCACCCAAAUCUCAUCAAAAUCUAUUAGAGUGACUUGGGAUCCAUCUGCUAGCCAAAUAACAGGCUACAGAGUGCAAUUCUUUCCAAUGAUAGCAGGCGCCAAACAACAUGUGCUGAGUGUUGGUCCUCAAACUACUGCUUUAAAUGUAAGAGAUCUUUCUCCAGAAACAGAGUACCAGAUUAGUAUAUAUGCAAUGAAAGGAAUGGCAGCCAGUGAGCCAAUUACAAUAAUGGAAAAAACACAGCCAGUCAAAGUUCAAGUGGAAUGCUCCCGUGGUGUGGAUGUAAAAGCUGAUAUUGUGCUUUUAGUGGAUGGCUCCUACAGCAUUGGUAUCGCCAAUUUUGUUAAAGUAAGAGCCUUUUUGGAAGUGUUAGUUAAAAGCUUUGAGAUUUCACCUCAAAAAGUACAAAUAAGUCUUGUCCAGUACAGCAGGGAUCCCUAUACGGAGUUUUAUUUGAACAGAUACAACAAAAUUGAAGAUAUAAUUCAGGCUAUUAACACCUUCCCCUACAGAGGUGGAUCUACAAACACAGGCAAAGCGAUGACCUAUGUGAGGGAGAAAGUAUUUGUUAUCAACAGAGGAUCAAGACCAAAUGUACCAAGGGUCAUGAUUCUUAUUACUGAUGGAAAAUCGUCAGAUGCCUUUAAAGAGCCAGCCAUAAAAUUGAGGGAAUCAGAUGUAGAGAUAUUUGCAGUUGGUGUUAAGGAUGCAGUACGUACAGAAUUGGAAGCAAUUGCUUCACUGCCUGCUGAAACCCAUGUGUACACAGUGGAAGAUUUUGAUGCUUUCCAAAGAAUAUCAUUUGAACUUACACAGUCUGUCUGCCUACGAAUUGAGCAGGAACUGGCCGCUAUAAGGAAGAAAAGUUAUUUACCUGCCCGUAAUUUGGCCUUUUCUGAGGUAACAUCCAACAGUUUCAAAGUGAAUUGGUCUCCAGCUGGAUCUGAGGUUUUGUCCUAUCUUAUUAAAUAUAAAGUAGCUGCUGGUGGAGAAGAAUUCCUUGUUUCAGUGCCAGCUUCAAGCACUAGCUCAGUUCUCACCCAUUUACUCCCUGAAACUGUUUAUUCAGUUAGUGUGAUUGCAGAGUAUGAAGAUGGUGAUGGCCCUUCCUUGGAUGGGGAAGAAACGACUUUAGAAGUUAAAGGGGCUCCUCGAAACUUAAUGAUAACAGAUGAAACUACUGAUAGCUUUAAGGUUGGCUGGACGCCAGCUCCAGGAAAUGUUCUGAGGUAUAGGGUUGCAUACAGGCCAGUGACUGGAAGAGAGAGAAAACAAGUAACUGUCCCAGCAAAUGAAAGAUCAACUACGCUACUGAACUUGACUCCCGAUACAAGAUAUGAAGUUUAUGUUAUUCCUGAGUAUCAGUCUGGGCCUGGAAAUUCAUUGAAUGGAUAUGCAAAAACUGAAGAAGUCCUAGGGACUCCAAGAAAUUUGAGAGUUUCUGAUGCUACAACAUCCACAAUGAAGUUAUCUUGGAGUGCAGCACCUGGAAAAGUACAGCGAUAUCUUGUAACAUAUACUCCAGUGGCUGGAGGUGAAACCAAGGAGGUAACAAUAAGGGGUGAUACUACCACUACAGUGCUGAGAGAUUUAGAACAUGGCACCAGAUAUGCACUAUCCGUGACUGCCUUAUAUGCAUCUGGAGCAGGGGACGCCCUCCCUGGGCAAGGAGAAACACUUGAAGCCCGAGGAAGUCCAAGAAAUCUGAGAGUUUCUGAUGCUACAACAUCCACAAUGAAGUUAUCUUGGAGUGCAGCACCUGGCAAAGUAGAGUGGUACCGUAUAACGUAUACUCCAGUGGCUGGAGGUGAAGCCAAGGAGGUAACCAUAAGGGGUGAUACUACCACUACAGUGCUGAGAGAUUUAGAACAAGGCACCAGAUAUGCACUGUCCGUGACUGCCUUGUAUGCAUCUGGACCAGGGGAUGCCCUCCCUGGGCAAGGAGAAACACUUGAAGCCCGAGGAAGUCCAAGAAAUUUGAGAGUUUCUGAUGCUACAACAUCCACAAUGAAGUUAUCUUGGAGUGCAGCACCUGGCAAAGUACAGCGGUACCAUAUAACGUAUACUCCAGUGGCUGGAGGUGAUACCAAGGAGGUAACCACAAGGGGUGAUACUACCACUACAGUGCUGAGAGAUUUAGAACAAGGCUCCAGGUAUGCACUGUCCGUGACUGCCUUGUAUGCAUCUGGAGCAGGGGAUGCCCUCCCUGGGCAAGGAGAAACACUUGAAGACCGUGGCUCACCUCGUGAUUUGGUUAUUAGAGACAUAACUGACACUACAAUGGGACUAUCUUGGACAGCAGCUCCAGGAGCAGUUCGUCGUUAUAGAAUAGUAUGGAAAUCGCUUUAUGAUGGUCAGACUGGGGAGAGCACAGUUCCUGGAAAUGUAAUAAAUACUGAGCUGGAAAAUUUACAGCCAGAGACUAAAUAUAAGAUUUCAGUCAUUGCUUCUUAUAACAGUGGAGACGGAGCUCCUCUAGAAGGAGAGGCUACUACUGAAGUGUCACCAAAUGCCAGGAGGGUGAGAGUAGACGAAGAGACGGAGAAUUCAAUGAGAAUUACAUGGCAGCCUGCACCUGGGAAAGUUGUGAGCUAUCGUGUAGUUUACCGACCAGUCAGUGGAGGAAGGCAGGUGGUUGCAAAAGUACCAGCUACUUCCACAACUACAGUGUUAAAACGACUUCAUCCUCUAACCAAAUACAACAUCUCUGUUAUUCCAAUGUAUAAAUCUGGGGAAGGAAAACACAGGCAAGGAGAAGGAACAACAGCCUCUCCGUAUAAACCACCCAGAAACAUGAAAACUUCUGAUUCCACUAUGUCAAGUUUCAGAGUAACUUGGGAGCCUGCCCCUGGGGAAGUGAGAGGUUACAAAAUAACUUUCCAUCCGACAGGAGAAGAUAGACUUGGAGAACUAAUUGUUGGGCCAUAUGACAAUACAGUUGUAUUGGAGGAGCUUAGGGCAGGCACUACCUAUAAGGUAAAUGUUUUUGGAAUGUUUGAAGGAGGGGAGAGUGCACCACUGGUUGGCCAAGAAAUGACCACCCUUUCAGAUGCUACUGUGAUGCCAUUCUUAGCCGGAGGCUUGGAGUGUAUUACCAGAGCAGAAGCUGAUAUUGUGCUGCUGGUGGAUGGCUCAUGGAGUAUCGGGAGACCAAAUUUUAAAACAGUCAGGAACUUCAUUGCUCGUAUUGUUGAAGUCUUUGAUAUUGGUCGUGACAAAGUGCAGAUUGCUCUUGCUCAGUAUAGUGGAGAUCCCAGAACAGAAUGGCACCUAAAUACUUAUGGUUCCAAACAGAGUUUACUAGAUGCUGUGGCCAACUUACCAUACAAAGGAGGCAAUACUCUAACAGGAAUGGCUUUGAGUUUCAUCCUAAAAGACAAUUUCAAACCAGAAGUCGGAUUGAGGCCUAAAGCUCGCAAAAUCGGUGUCCUCAUCACUGAUGGCAAAUCACAAGACGAUAUAGUGGCUCCUUCAAAGAGACUCAGGGAUGAGGGAGUGGAACUUUAUGCAAUUGGUAUUAAGAAUGCAGAUGAAAAUGAGUUGAAGCAGAUUGCAACAGAUCCAGAUGAUACCCAUGUUUACAACGCUGCUGAUUUCUCCUUCCUCGUUAAUAUUGUUGAUGACUUUACGAUUAAUCUGUGUAAUAGUGUAAAAGGCCCAGGUGGUUUGUCAUCUCCCUCCAAUCUGGUGACUUCUGAGGUGACACCUCGUUCCUUCAGAGUGACGUGGACUGCACCUGUUGAGAGCGUGGAUAGAUACAGGGUUGAAUACUAUCCUGUUUCUGGAGGCCCACCUCAGCAGUUUUAUGUAAAUCGAGCGGAAACUACUACAGUUCUGAGAAACCUGAAACCUGAAACAGAAUAUGUUGUUAAAGUGUUCUCUGUGGUAGAAGAUGAAAGCAGUGAACCUCUAAGUGGCUCAGAAACAACUUUGCCAAUCCCUACAGUCAGAAACCUGAAUGCUUAUGACAUUGGAUCGACUUCCAUGAGAGUGAGAUGGGAACCUCUCAGGGGAGCUACUGGUUAUCGGUUAUUGUAUGAACCUCUCAAUGCCACAAUACCAGCUGUAGAAAAAGAGAUGCGCGUUGGGUCAUCGGUGAAUGAUGUUCAGCUGGUAGACCUCAUCCCCAAUACUGCCUACACUUUAACUAUUCAUGCAGAGUUUGGUGAUCUCAGCAGUGACCCACUCACCACUCAGGAAGUGACAUUACCUUUAGCUGGAGCCAAAAGCUUGAGGGUUAGAGACAUUACUCACAGCAGCAUGAAUGUUAUUUGGGAUCCUGCCCCAGGAAAAGUCCGCAGAUACCUAUUGAGAUACAAAACAACUUUGGGAGAUGAACCAAAAGAGGUGGAAGUUGAUAAAUCAAAAACGAGCACAGUUCUUUCUAGUCUUCUCUCACAAACUCUGUAUGAUCUACAACUCGUUGCAGUAUAUGACGAAGGAGAAUCUAUACCAGUAGCUGCUAAAGCUACCACUUUGCCUGUACCAGCACCAGUCAAUCUCAGACUCACAGAAGUAACAAAGCAAAGUUUCAGAGGCACUUGGGACCAUGGAGCUCCAGAUGUGGCUCUCUAUAGAAUCACCUGGGGACCCUAUGGUGGAACAGAAAAGCAGGAGACCAUCCUAAAUGGUGAUGAAAAUUCUCUGGUUUUUGAAAAUCUGAACCCAGACACCCUAUAUGAUGUCUCAGUUACUGCCAUCUAUCCUGAUGAAUCCGAAAGUGAUGACUUGAUUGGCAGUGAGCGGACAUUACCUGCAAUACGUCCAACAACACAAGCACCAAAGAGCGGCCCACGAAACCUUCAGGUGUACAAUGCGACUUCCAAUAGCCUGACUGUAAAGUGGGAUCCAGCCAGUGGCCGAGUGCAGAGAUACAGGAUCACUUACCAGCGUACAACUGGGGAUGGCGCUGAACAAUCGACCAUGGUAGGGGGGAGGCAGAACAGUGUAGUGCUACAGAAGCUGCAGCCCGACACACCAUACACUAUUACUGUAUCGUCUAUGUAUGCGGAUGGGGAAGGAGGACGGAUGACAGGCAGGGGCAAGACCAAGCCACUCAACACAGUAAAGAACCUCCGGGUGUAUGAUCCAACCACCAGCACACUGAGUGUACGAUGGGAUCAUGCUGAAGGAAGUCCUCGCCAGUAUAAAGUAUAUUAUGUGCCAACAACAGGCGGUGCAGAGGAAAUGACAACAGUUCCAGGGAACACAAAUUAUAUCAUCCUGAGAUCUCUCCAGCCUGACACACCUUACAAAAUAACUGUGGUUCCAGCUUACCCGGAAGGGGAUGGUGGACGUGUAUCUGACACUGGGAGAACUUUGGUGAGAGGAGCGGCAAGAAAUAUACAAGUUUACAACCCUACACCGAACACCUUGAAUGUCCGAUGGGAACCUGCACCAGGUCCAGUACAACAGUAUAGAGUUGUCUACGCUCCGCUGGUUGGCCCAAGGCCAUCAGAGUCUAUUGUGGUUCCAGCGAACACUCGCGAUGUUGUGCUGGAGCGCCUGACCCCUGACACUCCUUACUCUGUGAACGUUGUGGCUCUGUAUGCCGAUGGAGAGGGAAAUCAAAGCUCUGGGCAGGGGAGAACAAUACCUCGCAGUGGGCCAAGAAACUUGAAGGUGUUUGAUCCAACAACAAACAGCCUGUCUGUACAAUGGGACCAUGCUGACGGGCCAGUUCAGCAAUACAGAAUCAUUUAUUCACCCACCGUUGGAGACCCCAUAGAUGAAUAUACAACAGUACCUGGAAGAAGAAAUAAUGUGAUAUUACAGCCACUGCAGUCAGACACGCCAUAUAAAAUUACUGUUGUGGCUGUGUAUGAUGAUGGAGACGGUGGACAGCUGACAGGAAAUGGACGAACUGUUGGGUUGCUUCCUCCUCAAAACAUACAUAUUUCUGAUGAGUGGUAUACACGAUUCAGGGUUUCCUGGGAUCCCUCACCAUCUCCUGUUCUUGGGUACAAACUUGCGUAUAAACCUGUAGGUUCUGAUGAGCCGCCAAUGGAGGUGUUUGUUGGGGAAGUGACUUCAUACACAUUGCACAACCUGUCUCCUAGUACUAUCUAUGAUGUGAACGUUUAUGCCCAAUACGAUUCUGGACUCAGCGCACCCCUGAUUGAUCAAGGCACUACAUUGUACUUGAACGUCACUGAUCUAACAAGUUACAAGGUGGGAUGGGAUACCUUCUGUAUCCGAUGGUCACCUCACCGGUCAGCGUCUUCCUACAGAUUAAAGCUAAACCCAGCUGAUGGAUCCCGAGGACAAGAAAUUACAGUACGUGGGACAGAAACCAGCCACUGUUUCACUGGCCUUUCACCAGACACCGAAUACAAUGCUACUGUCUUUGUUCAGACCCCAAACCUUGAGGGACCGCCCAUCUCUCUGAAAGAGCGCACAUUCAUCAAACCCACCGCAGCGCCAACUCAACCGCCUUCUCCUCCUCCACCUCCCACAAUCCCACCAGCUCGGGAUGUAUGUAAAGGCGCCAAAGCAGAUAUUGUGUUCCUGACUGAUGCUUCCUGGAGUAUUGGUGAUGAUAAUUUCAACAAAGUAGUGAAAUUUGUUUUUAAUACUGUUGGAGCCUUUGACUUAAUCAACCCUGCUGGAAUUCAGGUUUCCUUUGUGCAGUACAGCGACGAUGCAAGGUCUGAGUUUAAACUGAAUACAUAUGAUGAUAAGGCCCAGGCUCUAGGAGCACUUCAGAAUAUUCGGUACAAAGGAGGAAAUACAAGAACAGGCAAAGCCCUUACAUUUAUCAAAGAAAAAGUCUUGACUUGGGAGAGUGGCAUGAGGAGAGGUGUGCCCAAGGUACUUGUUGUUGUCACAGAUGGUCGGUCGCAGGAUGAAGUUAAGAAAGCUGCAGCAAUCAUACAGCACUCUGGUUUCAGCGUCUUUGUUGUUGGUGUAGCUGAUGUGGAUUACCAUGAGCUGUCAAAGAUUGCCAGCAAACCCAGUGAACGUCAUGUAUUUAUCGUUGAUGACUUUGAUGCCUUUGAAAAGAUUGAGGAGAACCUCCUCACUUUUAUUUGUGAGACAGCUACCUCAACUUGUCCUCUCAUUUACUUGGAGGGAUACACUUCACCUGGUUUCAAGAUGUUGGAAUCAUACAACUUAACAGAGAAGCAUUUUGCCUCUGUACAAGGAGUAUCAUUGGAAUCAGGAUCCUUCCCUAGCCACGUGGCAUACAGGCUCCAUAGAAAUGCUUUCAUCAGUCAGCCUGCAUCGGAGCUUCAUCCAGACGGAUUGCCACGUGCUUACACAAUCAUACUGCUGUUCCGCCUUCUUUCGGAAACCCCCAAUGAGCCAUUUGCAAUUUGGCAAAUUACAGAUAGGGAUUUCAAACCACAAGUCGGAGUAAUUCUUGAUCCUUCCACCAAAUUAUUGUCAUUCUUUAACAAGGAUACAAGAGGAGAAGUUCAGACAGUAACUUUUGAUGAUAAUGCAGUAAAGAAAAUCUUUUAUGGAAGCUUCCACAAGGUUCAUAUUGUUGUAACCUCAACAAGUGUUAAGAUUUACAUUGAUUGCAGUGAAGUAAUGGAGAAACCAAUUAAGGAGUCUGGAAACAUCACAACUGAUGGCUUUGAAAUACUUGGAAAACUAUUGAAAGGUGAUCGGAAAUCAGCAACAUUUGAUAUCCAGAGUUUUGACAUAGUAUGUAAUGCAGUUUGGACUAGCCGUGAUAGAUGUUGUGAUCUUCCUUCAAUGAGGGAUGAAGCAAAAUGCCCAGCUCUUCCAAAUGCUUGUACAUGUACACAAGACAGCGUGGGACCCCCAGGACCUCCUGGACCUGCUGGUGGUCCAGGCACUAAGGGGCCUAGAGGUGAAAGGGGUUUGACUGGACCUGCCGGGCCACCUGGUCUUCCUGGUGAGGCAGGUCCACCGGGUCCUCAGGGUCCAUCAGGUCCACAAGGGAUCAAUGGACUUUCAAUUCCAGGAGAACCAGGUCGCCAAGGAAUGAAAGGUGAUGCUGGAGAACCAGGGCUACCAGGCCGAUCAGGAACCCCAGGUUUGUCUGGCCCACCUGGCCCAGUGGGACCACCAGGUGACAGGGGUUUCACAGGAAAAGAUGGUGCCACAGGACCCAGAGGCCCACCUGGAUCAGCGGGCAAUCCAGGAGUUCCAGGAGUAGCAGGUCCAAGUGGAAAACCAGGGAAACCAGGAGAUCGUGGGCCACAAGGUCCACCUGGAAUGAAAGGAGAAAAAGGUGACAGAGGAGAUAUUGCUUCUCAGAACAUGAUGCGAGCUGUUGCAAGACAAGUCUGUGAACAAUUGAUAAAUGGCCAAAUGAAUCGGUUCAAUCACAUGCUGAAUCAAAUCCCGAAUGAUUACUAUGCAAACCGCAAUCAACCAGGACCUCCAGGACCAGCAGGGCCUCCAGGAAGCGCUGGGGCAAGAGGAGAACCUGGACCUGGAGGAAGACCAGGGUUCCCAGGAACACCUGGCGACCAAGGACCACCUGGUGAAAGAGGACUGCCAGGAGAGAAAGGUGAAAGAGGGAUUGGAUCACAAGGACCACGAGGUUUGCCUGGACCACCUGGUCCACCAGGAGAGUCUCGAGUUGGCCCACCAGGUUCUACAGGUUCACGAGGGCCACCUGGGCCACCAGGUCGUCCUGGAAAUGGGGGUAUUCGAGGUCCCCCAGGCCCACCUGGUUACUGUGAUUCAUCCCAGUGUUCUAGCAUCGCUUACAAUGGUCAAGGAUUCCCAGACAACUAUUUUCAACCAGAGUCAUACGUACCUGAAAGUGGACCCUAUCAACCUGAAAGUGAGCCCUACAUAGUACCAAUGGAGUCAGAAAGGAGAGAGGAUGAAUAUGAGGACUAUGAAGUUGAAAUGCAUUCACCAGGAUUACCCUGA